AUGGAUAGAGCAAAGGCGGAGAGGACAUUAGCUCGUCGCAAAUUUACAUUAUGUGCUCAAAAACUGGAGAAGCUUUUGAACAGUUGCGACGAAUUUAUUCCGGCCGAAUUUGAAAAACUGAAUAAGUUGUUUGCAGAUCUCACUCUAGUACAAAAUAAAGUUGUAAGUAUUUGGCUCGACGAUGACAGUCGUGAUGAAGAGACAUUCGACAAAGAUAUUGUAGAAGCGGAUGUCUACGAAUCACGUUAUUAUAUGUUAAAACAAAAGGCAAGUAAAACUUUUAUUUCUUCUGCAAAAUCUACUGUUAAAGAAAUGGAGGCAGAGCAGUUGUCGUUGAGAACCAAUGGUAACCGACACUUUAAACUACCCAGGUUGGAGUUACCCAGAUAUAAUGGUGAGAUAAAAAUGUGGUUAAAAUUCUGGACUCAGUUCAAAAAGAUACAUAUGGAUGACCAGAUUGAUGAUGAUGACAAAUUUCACUAUCUGCUCCAAUGCAUGGAAGUAGGGUCGGUAGCUAGAGAAUUUUUAGAAAGUUUCCCACCAUCAGGUGAGAAUUAUAGUAUUGCUAUAGAGCAACUUAAAUAUCGAUUUGCAAAAGACGAAAUGAUAAUAGAAUACUAUGUGAGGGAAUUACUCAAUCUUGUUCUGGCGCAAGCUAAAGGUGUACAGAAGGGAUCAAUUCGUAGAUUAUAUGAUUCUCUGACGACACAAAUAUUAGCACUAGAAUCGAUGGGAGUAACCCAAGAAAAAUAUUCUGCAUUUUUAUUGCCGUUAGUAGAAUCUGCUUUACCAGAUGAGACGUUGAAGGCGUGGAACAGAUCUCAGGCAAAUGAUAGAGGUAAUGAAAAAUUUAGUCCAUUAUCUAGACUAUUGAAUUUUGUCAAGUCGGAAGUCGAGUCAGAAGAAAGAAUACGUUUAUCUCGCUUCAAAGGUUUAGAUAACUAUUGUAGACAAGAUUUUAAUAUAUCUUCUGCUGCAUGCUUAAACACGACGCAUAAUAAAGAUACUAAGAAAAGAUUAGGUGAAGGUAACCAAUACGAUCGUAAGGGAAAAACUUGUAUUUGGUGCGAUAGACUGUCACAUACUAGCUCAGAAUGUGCUACUGCAAUUGGUAAAAAUUUAGAAGAGCGAAAGGAAUUUUUAAAAUCAAAGAAUGCUUGUUAUAUAUGUUUUAACAUCGGACAUUCUGCCAAGCGAUGUAGGAAGUAUCCUAAAUGCGUUAUCUGCACCAAAAGACAUUUUCCAUUAAUGUGCAGUGAUAUAAAAAAGUCGAUUGCAGGCACUACUAUUGCUAGUACGUCACAAGAAUCUCAGUCGGUACUAAAUCAGAGUGAUAUUUCAAAUAAUAAAACAGUUUUAUUACAAACUCUGAGAGUAAAAAUCUGCAAUGGAGAUGAGAAUAUCACAGUAAGAGUUCUUCUGGAUAGUGGUGCCCAACAGACAUUUGUUACUAAAGAUGUUGCUUCUAGACUAAAAUUAAAAGCAUGUGGUAUGAAAGAAAUGAGUCAAAAUUUGUUUGGUGGAGCUACGACACAGAAAAAAAUGUACAGAAUUUAUAAUUUAAAUGUCAGAAGUUUAGAUGACACAUAUGAAUGUUAUGUUAGAGCAUAUGAACAAAAUAUAAUAUGUGGUGAUAUACCCCAUAUUAAAAAGGGCAGUAAUAUUUUGUCUAUAUUAAAUGAUAAAGGUGUUGUUGUUACAGAUUCUAUAGAUGAUGUUUCUAAAAUAGAUUUACUAAUUGGUUCUGAUUUUCUAGGUACCCUGUUAACUGGACGAUCAAUACGUGUAGAUGACUAUCUUUUUGCAACAGAAACUAAACUUGGUUGGACUGUACAAGGGCCCGCGGUUGGUGUGUAUUGCUCUUCAGAAUCUGUAAGUGUUCUGACUUGUUCAUAUAGUGUAGAAGACUUUUGGAAUUUAGAAACGUUAGACAUAAAAAAUAACGCACAAGAGAAAAGUCUCAUCAAACGCGAAGAAGAGAUAGAUAAUUUUUUCAAGAAUACUAUACAAAUUAAAGAGGAUUUCCUUCUAGCUUUAAGAAAGUUUUUAGCUAGAAGAGGUGCAGUUAAGUUAAUUUAUAGUGAUAAUGGGACAAACUUUAGAGGUGCUACCCAUAUUAUAAAUGAGAUUAAUUGGCAAGAGGUUUCUUCUCAGGCCCUCACUCAGAAAAUCGAAUGGCGUUUCAUGCCACCUUCUGCGCCGUGGUGGGGAGGGUUUUGGGAAAGAAUGGUGAGGACUGUCAAAGACAUUUUAUGCAGAAUACUUGGGAAAGCAUCACAAAGUUAUUGUGAACUCAAUACAAUCUUAUGUGAGAUAGAAAAUAUAAUCAAUUCGAAGAAAUUGACAUAUAUAGCGGAAAGUUCAGGAAGUUUAAUAACCUUGACACCCGCAAUGUUCCUAAAAGUCGAUGAAAAUGAAAAUGAAAAUAACCUAAGAGUAAUUUUAAAUAUAUAUCCGGAUAUUGAUGGAUGUCCAAGAGUUGCUAAAUUAAAAACUCCUAAGGGCGAGUGUAUAAGGCCUAUACAGCGGUUGUAUGCGUUAGAGGUUGAAUCAGGCGAAUUUGCAGAAAUUAAGAGCAAUACACACAGUGUCGAUACUAUAAGUAAAAUUUCUGAGCAAUUGCCUCGUGUCACACGCACUGGUCGUUUAGUCAAAAUACCUAACCGUCUAGAUUUGUGA